AUGAAGACUUGUCUCGCAUGCAAUACCGACGCUCACAGCGAUGAAUACGUGGAGUGUACUAAAUGCAACGGGAUCUACCAUUAUCCAUGUCUCAAUAUACACAGGGAUAACCUGAGUCCAGAUGCAAUAUCGAAGUGGCAAUGCCCCAUGUGCAUGAGCAAACAACGUAAGGGCGAUAACUCCGCGCGUUUGGCUCGUCCAUCUACACCGACUUCGCAGGCAGAGAUUUCUUUUAUGAACGUUACUCGGCGUGCAGCGGCUAGCAAACCGGUUACGGCGGCGGCGCCCAACCAAAAUGAUGACUUUAUACGACGCUCCGAUCUGCGUGAACUUCUACGCGAAGAAAUGUCAAAUAUCUUAAAAUCACAUAACGCCGAACUAACAUCUACUCUUAGCAAGUUCUCUGAAAAAAUCUCUAACUUGAGCACAUCGGUCGAAUUUAUGAGUGAGAAAUUCGACAGAAUAACUGAGGAAUUCCAACAACAAAAACAAGAAAUUACGACUUUAAAGAAUGAAAAUGCAGGUCUGCGUACAGAGGUGGAUAACCUAAACAGUAAACUGCAAUUAAUUGAUCAACUGUCACGCGCUUCUUCCCUGGAAUUACAGUGCGUUCCUGAAAAGAAAGCCGAAAAUGUCGUGCAAAUAAUUAAGCAGCUGGGGCGUGUUGUAAACUGUCCUAUCAACGACCACGACAUCCACUACUGUUCCAGAGUGGCUAAGCUGAACCCAAACAGUACCAGACCACGCACAAUUAUAGCCAAGUUUAGCUCACCAAGAAUGCGAGACUCAGUGCUGUCUGCGGUUGUGAGACAUAAUAGACAACACUCACAGGAUAAAUUGAACACUACCGAUUUCGGAUUUGAUCCUGAGAAAAAAUCUCCGGUUUUUGUCAUAGAAAGUUUAUCUCAUGAAAAUAAACAACUUCACGCGGCGGCACGUCAACGCGCCAGGGAACUAAAAUAUAAGUUUGUCUGGAUCAGAGCAGGAAGAAUCUUCAUGAGAAAGAAUGAAUCGAGUGAAGCUAUUUUUAUUAGGAACUCUUCUGUACUCGAUAAAUUGUAG